AUGGCGGGAAUCGCGGUGGACAGCGAGGCCUGGUUUUUGGAGAGAUGCCAGAAAGUCAAACUGAGCGAAUCCACCAUUUGCACCCUUGUCGAUGCGGGCUUCAAGAGCUUCGGGACCUUGGCUUUUGCUGUGUCAACCACACCGACGCAACUAGAUGAAGCCGAUGUGAAGCGUUGGAUGGGAAGCAUUUUCCCCCAUGACUUCCCGCCUGAUCAGUCCUCUAAGGUGAGACGUUUGAUGUUUGAAGCCCAGAACCUGAGCGUGGCUGACAUGAGGGCACGCGUGGAGCCUGCCGCUGACACAGCGGUGGUUCGUGCUAUGCCAACAUUGCCAAAUGCGGAGCGAUUGGCUCGCCAGGAAGCCUUGAAGAAGCGGGUCACGGGCCUCAUUCUUUCGCCCGAAACCUUGCCUGCCCAUUCUGUCGUGGAUACUCUCGUCAAACAACUGGAGGAUGGAGUCCUUCAGUACUUGCCAGCAUAUCGCAUCAUCAGCCGUGCCCAAGAAGCUCAGCAGUUGAAGAAAGACCAGCAGGUGGUGGUUGAUGGCGAAGGGAACCUGAAAAUGGCUAGCAAGGCUGAGUCCGCCACUUGUGACACGCACACUGACUUGGCUCUGCGCAAUGCUUGGACUCGUCGCUCGCUGGCCUAUGAUCUUGCGGGUCUCUGCAGCUUUCAGGUUCUUGAGGAGUGGUGUCACAAAUGCUUCCUUGCUUUGAUGAGGCCUGUGCCCAGUGGUUAUUCCAAGGUAACCACUCAUCAACACUUGUUCACGUUGGCCUCGCAUGCCCUCCUUGGAAAACUCGCCGGCGAGCCCGGCCGCGAGAAGCCUUUGGAGACCCAGAUCAGGCUGUUGUCCGAGUCCCAAGAGGUUUUGCAGUACCUAAAUGCUCUCCCUACUCCUCCUCCUUCUGCACCCUGGCCAGGCAAGCGCAAAUGGGAUGACCCAAAGGGGGGUGAGAAGGGCGAUAAAGGGAGAGGUAGGGGUAAGGGCAAGUCGUCUAAAGGUGAGGGUCGCAAGGAGUUCACGGUGCCCGACGGCUGUGUGAGCCGCGUGAACGACAAGCCUGCCAACUCCGUUGGUUUAGGUCCCGAAGCCCUUGCCGAGCAACUGCUUCGCAAGCCAACCUUGGCGGCCCUUGAUGUUUUGAGAGUUUUCGACUUGUUGCCCAGGAAUCCAUCUAAACGAGAUGCCUUCCAUCACCGGAGCUUUGGUUGCGGUGCCUGGGUGUUCGGGUCCCAGAUCGGAAUUCGUACUGACACUAAGUCUUUUCCAAAGAGCGCCGCUCUCUUUUGCCGCUAUGUUCACCAAGUGAAUCCUCAUCACACCUUUUCCAGCUUAGUCUUGCUUGAUGAUGUUCAAAGCCCACUUCACGUGGACUGCAAUAACGACCGCUCCUCCUGGAAUCUUGUCAUCCCCUUGACCCGGUUUCGCAAUGGCCAAAUCUGGGAAGAAUGCGAAGGCGGGGCUGACCGCUUUGAAGACGCUUCUGGCACUUUCUGGGGGCGUCUGCAUGAGGUAUCCGCAGAGCCAGUCUUGCUUCAUGCCGCAAUGAACCGCCAUGCUGUUUUGCCUUGGCAGGGCCGCAGGGUUGUGCUGAUUGCCUUCACCCCCAGGGAUAGUCCUAAGCCCCCCCCCGACCGGGACUGGCUACGCUCGCUUGGCUUUCGCCUACCCUCCCCGUCCGCCUUGCCCAUCCCUGGCCCACCCAAGCUCUUUCUCGAGGUGUUCUCCGGCUCUGCAACCCUGGCUCGAGCCGCCCAGAGGCUCGGGUUCACGGCCGUUGCCGUUGACAACUGCCCCCGGCGCCCUCAGGUUCCCACGGUUCGCCUUGACCUUGCUUCCAGUCUGGGCCGCGAUGCCUUGUUUCGCUUGUUGAGUGACAAAAAGCCUGCCGCGGUGCACCUGGGCCCCCCUUGUGGCACCUCUUCUCGGGCCCGUGAGCGGCCCUUGCCAGCAAAGCUACGAGCCCUCGGCCUCCGUGACCCUCGGCCACUUCGGAGCGCCGACUUUCCCCUCGGCUUGCCUCACAUUGACCCUGCAAGCGAUGAUGGUUUGCGCCUAGCCGCCGCCAAUCGUCUUUAUGACCUGGUCUUUCAUGUCCUACUGUGGUGCGCUGAGCACGACUGUGUCUUCACUCUCGAAAACCCCACGAACUCGUGGUUCUGGAGUGUGCUGGCCUUGAAGGUCCGCCAGCACGCCUCGCCCAAGGUCCGCCGCUGGUUCAAUGACUUGCAUGAGAUCAUCUUCGACGCUUGUGAGCACGGUGGUGCUCGCCCAAAGUCCACCAAGCUGCUCAGCAACCGGGAUGCCUUUAACUGCCUUCGUGCCCGCUGCAGCGGCCGUCAUGUGCAUGUAUGCAAGCUUUAUUCUGGGCCAUUUCAGUUUGUGGCUGCCUGGGAUGAUGAGGAUGAAUGCAGCCAGAUGCUGCUGGAGUUCUUCGGUGGCACUCGUCCUGCGGACGAGCUAAAUCGGCUGGUUCGGCGGUUGCUGGAUUGGCGUGCAUCGGUGGAACGGCGUGUAUCACUUCCCAGGCAAGUAGCAGAUGUGGUCCCACGUAGGCCAGUCAAGUUCCCACGUCGGGAGCAAAGCAAAGAGGAGAUUUUCAGUGGCCUGAUGCUUGGUAGUCCGGCGCUAGCAUUGGAGGUGCUGCAGAAGUCGAUCCGACAACGGAAGCUGAUUCAUGGAGCACAGGGCGAGAAUCGCGAGGCUCUGCUGCGUGAGAAGUGGGCUCUAAUCCACGGGCAGCCUGGUGUCGGCUAUUCGGCACUCGGCGUGGGAAGACGCUCCGCAAUCGUGCUCUGGCAUGGCGCAAGUUUCAUUCGAGUUGAUCGCUUCGUAAAGUAUCUCACUGAACGACAUGAUAUUCAGCCAAUGGGAAAGACUGUACCAUCUUCACUUAUGGCAGCUUUAUCAGUGCUUGAGAGUGUCGGGCAGGUGCCAGCAAGCAGCAGGUUUUCGAUGGAUCAACUGCUUAUGAGCACGAUCCAGUCCUGGACUGAAGAGCUCGAAACAGUGGCGUUGCCGGUCAGGAAGGCACCUGCACUUACUGUGGCUAUGGUGUUGUCAUGUGAGCUGACAGCCUGCAGGGUUACUCUUCCUGCGGGGCUACGUUUUCUUGCGUUUGUGCAGCUGCUCAUGCUUUGGUCGACUAUGAGGUGCGAUGAUGUGCAACACAUGGAUCCCUUCUCAGUCACUCUGUCGCAGAUCGGCUUGAAGUUCAUUCUGCGCCGGACAAAGACUAGCGGACCGGGCCGGCGUACUGGUGAACUGCAAGGAUAUGUGUCAAGAGUGAUUUCUUUGAGUGGUUUCGAUUGGCUCUUGGAGGGGUACCGUUUGCUUCAGACGUCUGAGCUGCACUGGCCCCGGGAUUAUUUAUGUCCAGCGAUGGAUGAAUCCUGGAAUGUUGGAUUUUCAUAUGUGGAUGCUCAGGAUUUGGCUGUACUUCUGCGUCGAUUGCACAAGGAGCUUCGGGUGCCCUUGUGCCGUGAGGGCACUUGGGGAACAAGUGCCACGAAGCUGUUGCCCGGGUCGGUGGCUGCGUAUUGGACAGGUCAUUCUGCGCGGCAUACUCUGCCAACAUGGGCACUCUCGCUGGGUGCUGACAAAUCAAAGUGCGAUUUCCUUGGACGCUGGAGAUGCUCGCAAGGCGGCUCUUUGGAUUAUCUUACAACUGCUCGGCAGAUCGUGCAAGGACUACAGAACUUCGUUUGCAAAUCCUUGGUAGAAGGGACUGCAGAGGGUGGAUUGAUUGAGGAGGAGCUCUUUCAGUCUAUCCAGUCUUUUGCAGACGCAGCCGGGCAGGAUGGCAUUCAAGUGAUUGCGUGGCAUCAGGUCCUCGAGUGGACCGAUUACACAUGGAAGCUCGGAGGCAUUCACCCCUUGCUGGCGGUGGGUCCUGAGCGCUACGAGAUUUCGCGUGGACGCCUGGAAGCUGAGUUGCCUGCUGAGGAGAAGGAUGCGGGGGAAGAAGAAUCUUCGCUUCCGGACAUGCCGUUCUUUGUGACAGUUUCUCGCUCUGGGUUCCGCCGUUUGCAUCUCUCCAAGGCCUGUGCAGUUCGACAAGAGCGCUGUAUGGAGACUGUGGGAGUGUCAAAGAUCUCGGAGGGCAUUGCUGAUGCGAUCUGCAAACUCUGCCAGCUUAAGAUAUCAGCGGCGCAGGAGACUUCCAGCAGUGGAUCGGAAGAUUCGCUGGUUCCGGGGAAUGACGGGCAGGGGGAACCUCCGGGAUCGGCGGAUGUUCCGGACUUGGAUGAUUCAAGCUAG